GCUACGUUUGUGGACCGAUGUACAUGAUCCACCAAUUCGAAGAAUGGGGAUACGACAUCAAGGGCGUUCCUUACUCCUUCCACCGAUCACUGUGUGAGAAUUUGGGCUAUCCAGACCUCAACAACUGUCCGGCUACUCCUUUGCCAGUCUGGGGCGUCAAUGGCAUCAUGAUGUGGAUCGGCGCCUGGUCUCUCCGAUAUGCUAGUCCUUCUGUCGGAGGCGCCAAUUACUACGGAAUGGUUAUGUUCAACAGUCUCACACACGUCAUGCGAGCCAUUCUAGACGGUGAAUACAACGCAGGCCUUCUCAGCACUCUAAUCAGUUUCAUGCCUGCUUCUUAUUACUUCUACUCUGCCAUGUUGGCAGAAAAGAAACUCAAAACCGCUGGAAUCGCGCGCUCAUUCGUUAUUGGCAUCGUCGGUCACCUGCUCUGGAUUCUUCCCUACAUUUGGAUCGACAAGGGCUACAUCAGCGAGAUUACAGCUUGCGCUAUCCAAGUGCUCAACACCCUGAUGUUGCACGUCGUUAAUAUACCUAUUUGAAGCCUGCGAGCUCAAGUGGCAUAUAGCUCCCUGUUCCGCAACAUAUAGUGCUAAUCGUUUUUCAUGCUUCAUUGAGAAGGGUACUGAGGGGUUCAACAAAGUCAGUGUGACUCCCAAUUGCUACCCAGAUAUGCACUCGCUACCGAACCCUUCUUACGCCGCUUUACUCUUCUCGUCAGCUUGAAAUACAUGUCUCAGCUCACCAAUAAAGAUUUCUUUGAACCUGACCUGACCUAGCUAUAGCCACUCUAUACGCACCUCGAGCAGCAGUACUAUAAUUUUCCUGCUCUAGUAAACUAUUAGCUAAUACCCUAGUACUAAGUUAUAGUACGCAGCUACUUAUAGAGUUGUAUUAUGUAUAUAGUACUACUAGCCAGCUAAGCUUAGAAUCCAGACAG